UAAAAAAACAGAAGAAGAAGAGAUUUUCCUGACUGCAAUCGGGCUUUGCAUAAUUCGUUUCUAUUAGUAUUUAUUGAAAAUAUGUCGUGUUUUCGUUUGGCAACUGCACUCAAUGCCGUCAACAAUCAAAGCCUUCGACUCCUUGCCAAAAGAACCCCGAAUCUUUCGUUGGCGCGCCGACAAUUUGCAAAUGCGGUGCUCGAAAGCAGCAGCAGCGGCGGCAAAGUAAAGAAACCGAAUGGAACAUUCAAGUUGACGCUGCUUGGUGCAUGCAUUGGCGCCGUCGCUGGCUCCACCUACACCAUCUACACCCGGAUCAAUGAUCAGAAUUCACACAAGGAGCACGAACGCACACCGCCAAAUGUCGUCGAGUCUUUGCCAGCCGGCUUGCGCAUAACGAAGCGUUACAUUAAUCCCAAGGACACAUCCGGCUUGGAUAUUGUGCUUUUUCAGUUUCAGACGUGCCCGUUUUGCUGUAAGGUUCGUGCCUAUCUCGAUUACAUGGGUGUAUCGUAUUCAGUGGUUGAGGUGGACGCAGUUCUGCGCCAGGAUAUCCGUUGGUCAUCGGUUAAGAAGGUGCCCAUGGUGCUAAUCCGACAGCAGGAUGGACAAUAUGUACAGAUGACAGAUUCUAGUGCCAUCAUCUCGCUCGUCGCCACUGUCCUGAAUGACAAGCGCGCCGAUGUUGGCGAAUUGGCGCAGUUCUAUCCGCAGAUAUCCUACUUUGACGAUGACGGCAAGAAGCGACUGGACAUAAUGAACAAAUACUUCCUCAUGUAUCAGGAUCACACACCCAAAAACAUGACUAAGGAAAUCGAGGAAAAUGAACGCAAGUGGAGAACCUGGGCUGACAGCCACCUGGUGCAUCUGAUAUCACCGAACUGUUAUCAGACACUCGCCGAGUCGCUGGAGACCUUUGAGUGGUUCUCCAAGGAGGGCGAGUGGGAUGUCUACUUUCCCAAGUGGGAGCGCAACCUGAUGGUGUACUGUGGUGCGACCGCCAUGUGGCUGAUAGCGAAGAUGCUGAAGCGAAGACAUAAUCUCACCGACGAUGUCCGAUCUCACAUGUAUGAUGCACUGCACAAGUGGACGACGGAUCUCAAGAAACGCAACACGAAAUUCAUGGGCGGUAAGCAGCCAGGUUUGUCGGAUCUUGCAGUGUUCGGCGUCUUGAGCAGCAUGGAAGGAUGUCAGACAUUUAAGGAUUGCCUGCAGGACACAAACAUUGGAAAAUGGUUUUACGAUGUCAAGGAGGUUGUGCAAAAGAACCGCGGCCAACUACGUAGGGAGCGCAUAGUCGGAGUGGAACCAGCGGCCUAAAACUAAAUGUACAUCAUCAUCAAUUUCGCCCCAAAGAUUGUUAAUUUUGUUUAAAUAAACGGUUCCAUUGCUUUUUAUUUAUUUAAAUUGAUCUCAAACUAUCGAUGUUAUUGCCUUCAAUAAUAAUAAAUCUAUAUAUC